AAUUGAAAAUAUUACGUAACUUCAGUACAUACGAAGGGAAGUUGUCACGCAGGUUAUUACGUUUUUGAUAUUAGAUUACGCAACUGGGACAGAGAAACCGAAAAAAUGUCGGGCCACAGUUUAAGCAAGCUGUUGACUAUAGGCUGUAUGGUUUUUGUGUGGGCUGUGAUGAUUGUUGUAAAUGCUUUAGCAACAGUAAAAGUUGGUAGAGACAUAGGUUUAUUCCUCAACACCACUGGUGACAUAUCAGACAAAUAUUACACACAAAUUACACCAGCUGGAUGGACAUUCAGUAUCUGGGGAAUAAUCUACACAUGGCAGGGUAUCUUCAUCGUAUAUGUAUUGACAACCAUUUGUAGAAAGGUCCGUAACCACUAUAUUUACCAGCUGUCGGUACUUCCAGUUGCUGUAUAUGCCAUUUAUAUCGUCAACAACUUGGCCAACAUUGCUUGGAUCGUGAUAUGGGAUAGACAAUAUAUGAUUGCAGGACUCUGUGUCAUUGUCAUCACACCAUUUACAUUAUAUGUGUGUUUGUUUCUUUCGUUUCGACAGCUCUACAGAAACUUGGCUUUCCUGUCUAAAAAUGAUGCUGCCAAAGAAAUAUGGUUUAUCCGAUUUUUUGUCCAGAAUAGUUUUGCUUUUUAUGCAGCCUGGGUAACAGUGGCAUCACUUCUAAAUUUUGUUAUUGUUCUUGUUUAUGAAGCUGAUGUAGAGCAGGAAUUGGCUUGUACCAUUGCACUUGGAAUCCUGUCUUUUGAAAUUGUUCUGUGGUUUAUUCUGGAUAAUUUUGUUCUAGACAAAUAUGUACGUUACACAUUCAGUCCAUACGUAACCUUUUUUGUUGCCUUAAUUGGAUCUUUCGUCAAAAACUAUGAUUUAGAUGCAAGAUAUAGAAUUUCUAUCUUCUUGCUUGUCCUGAUGUGUUCUGCAGGAGUUCUCCUUAUUGUCAAGAUUAUCAGCAUAAUUAUUCGCUACAUUAAAUAUCCCAUCAGGUCAAACUUAGAGUAUGAAGCUACUUUCUAAAAGAAAAUGGGUGACAGAAAUGAAUCCUUACCAACCAGAGUUGCAUUUUUGAUAGCAUAGCAUGAUUUAGGAUAAAAUAUUAAUCGCUUUUGUAUAAGGUGCAAAUGUUGUACAUAUAUAUGUAAUUUUGUAAAAUUAUUUUAUAAUGCCAUGAAUGUACAAUAUUUGUAUUCUGGAUUAUACAUCAACUCAUACACAAAUUUUGUUUUACCUAUUCAGUUUAAAGUUUUCUGGAAAUUUGCUUAAUAUCUUCUCUAGUUAACAAAUUAAGAGAAGAUUAAAAAAAAUAAUUGCUUAGAAAAUUCUUUAAUAUUUAUCAACUAUUAUCAUGAUUAUCCGUAAUUGUAGAGAAAUUUAAAUUUUGUGAUCAGAUGGAAAUUCUAUAAUUUGUAUCCUACAGUACAUGAACAUUGCACUUGCAUGUACAAAUGUAUGGACAUGUAUGUAAAUAACUUUUCAUCACAUUCCUAAGGUUAUCAGACAUUUAACCUGGAAGUAUUUACUCUGAAUUUUAUGAUUUGGAAAAUAAACAACCUUUCCUAAAUACAUGCAAUAAAACAAAGAAUAAACAAAGUAAAAUAUAUUUUUUUCAGAAUCUAUAUAUCCAUACAUUUUUAUACGACCGCUAAAAAUUCUGGGUCGUAUAUUAAAAUAUGACGUUGGCGUCGUCGUUGUCCGAAGAGACAUUGGUUUUAAUAACUUUAGUUUAAGCUGGUUCAAUACCACAAAAGGAAGGUUGGGAUUGAUUUUGGGGGUUAUGGUACCAACAGUUAAGGAAUUGGGGGCCAAAAAUAUUUUUUUUUUUUUUGUGGGGGUAGGGGGGUCAAUUAGCAAUAGCAAAGUGUAUUGCACAAAAGCAAAGAAUUGAAUAUAAAUUCAAAUCAUAUAACCAAUUCUUAGUUCUUUGACUACAGUGAUUCUUGUCAGAAACCUUUUAUGUGUCAAAUAUUUAAUUACAAUCCAAAUUCAGACCUGUAUCAAGCGCGAAUAUUGCUUCCAUUUUUGCCCCAACUGUUCAGGGUUGGACCUCUGCGGUCGUAUCCGGCUGCACUCAGUGAAGCAAUUUAUUAUUUUCUAUGAUACAUUCAUUACUGAACAUGCUGAAGGGAAGUUAUUUUUAUCUUUGCUAGAUGUAUUUAAAGCUGCAAAAUAAACAUGAUCUAUUCUUUUUGUUGUUGUAUGAGAUUCUCUACCUUUAUAGCUUAUUUUUAUGAAGUAUCUUGAAAGAGAAAAGUAAUAGCAUAAAAAGUAUCAGUGAAUUACCGUUGUUGAUUAUCCUGGAACUAUUGUAACCAACUAUUAUAGUUAAAAUUUCCACCAGUAUACUUAUACAGUUAUACAAUAUAUACAUUAUAUACAAACAUUAUUUACAUGCCAAUAUGAUCUGAAUAAUUAGUUUCUCUCUUUAUUGUGAAAAACAUUUUUGAAAGUUUUAUUGAAUUUUUAUGUGUUUGUAUAGUACAUGUACCUUUAUAUCUAGAAACAGUCAUGACAGUAAAAAAGAAUACUCUUAAUGAAAGACUUAUGUUUAUUUUUGUUUAUGGAAUUUAUUCAAUAUUAACUUUGGUGCUGAAAGUAUACUUUUGGUGCUUAUUUUACAACAAUAAUAUUUAUUGUUUGUCUAAUAUGUACAUAGUUAAUUUUUUAAAGUACAGUAUACAAAAGAUGACUCGUGUAAAAAUCCCUUUUGCUGGUUUUGAGAUAUGUCACUGUAAAAUAAGAGGAUAAAGGUAGUGGUGUUUAUAUACCUAUGAGAAUAAAUUAUAUCAAUAUAAAGUGAUAACAUUCUGAUUUAUAACUUCCUUGAUAUGGAAUAUACAAAAAACUGUGUUCUAGUAGGCACAAACUAGAGGUGUGCAGCUCCCAUCUGCCCGUUCUGUGAUUUCCUCAACCCUAAUAGUCUUUUCCUAUGCAUUUUUUUUCUGAAGGAAAAUAAAUACUUUUCAAUUGAAAAAAAAAAUCAUUUCGACAGCUGGUAAAGACUUCAUAAAUCAAGCAAAAUUACAUUAAUGAAUUAAAUUAUUUCAGUUUAUAUCUAUAAACUUGAUCAAGUUUUCCUUUAACCGACAAGUGUCCAUGUGAAAACUAUGCCCCUCUGCCCUUAGGACCUAGCUAGAACACUAGAGAAGAUAUUUAUCAGGACAUUUAACCCAUUAUUCCUAUCUUACUUUAUAUCUCUGUAAGAAAUUAAUAUAUAGAGUAAUUUUUGAAUGCACCAUCCUAUGUGUACUGUAUUUAGUCAACUUUUGCUUGAAAUGAACUGUAACUGUUUGCUAUAAUUGAUAUUACCAUUUUAUAUGUGAUACAUGUACUGUCUUUGUUUUUGUUAAAUCCAACAUUACAUGUAUGUGGGCAUUAUAUACACAACUAGAACCUUUUGAUACUAUUGUAUUUCAAAAAGAUAUUAAAGUCAGACCAGUGGCUAUGAAUCUCAAUAGACGUUUUUUGUAAGGUCGAUUCUGAUGGGACAAAAUGUUACCUGCCAAUUAUAUUUUUUAUACAACUAAAGAUGAAUAGUGUAAACCAACUAAUUUUUGUGAGCGAUUUAUUUCCACAAGCAUAAAAAUUAAAAUAAAUAUAAAUCAUCAUGAAUAAGCAAACUUUAGAUAUUCUCUUUUGUAAGAAGAUCAAGAAAAUUAGAAUAUCAUGAGAAAAAAAAUCUCAGUGAAGUUGGCUAGGAACGGCUGAACACAAAAUAAAGUAUCUUCAAAAAUUUGUUGGUUUACAGUAAUAUGUUUAUUUAUGACUGGGCAUUUUUUACAUGAUAAAAUAGCCUUAUACAUGUUAUAUGUACAUAAAGUUUUAUAUGAUUUACAUGAAUAUUCAGAUAAUAAACUUCUACAAAGUU